GACCGAGCCGAACCGGGACAGACCUGGACCGGGGCGAACCGAGCCGACCCACCGGCACCCUCCCGCACCGAGCCCAUGUCCAACGCGCACUUCAACCGCGGGCCGGCCUACGGGCUGUCGGCCGAGGUGAAGAAUAAGCUGGCGCAGAAGUACGACCCGCAGCGGGAGCGGGAGCUGCGCGCCUGGAUCGAGGGGACCACCGGCCGCCGCAUCGGGGACAGCUUCAUGGAGGGACUCAAGGACGGUGUUAUCCUCUGCGAGCUCAUCAACAAGCUGCAGCCCGGCUCCGUGCAGAAGGUGAAUGAACCCGUCCAGAACUGGCACAAGCUGGAGAACAUCGGGAACUUCCUGCGGGCCAUCACGCGCUACGGGGUGAAGCCCCACGACAUCUUCGAGGCCAACGACCUCUUCGAGAACACCAACCACACGCAGGUCCAGUCCACCCUCAUCGCCCUCGCCAGCCAGGCCAAGACGAAGGGGAACAAUGUCGGUUUGGGCGUGAAGUAUGCGGAGAAGCAGCAGCGGCGCUUCCACCCAGAGAAGCUGCGUGAGGGCAGGAACAUCAUCGGCCUCCAGAUGGGCACCAACAAGUUCGCCAGCCAGCAGGGCAUGACGGCGUAUGGGACACGGCGGCACCUCUACGAUCCUAAGCUGGGGACGGACCAGCCCCUGGACCAGGCCACCAUCAGCCUCCAGAUGGGCACCAACAAGGGCGCCAGCCAGGCGGGGAUGACGGCACCAGGGACGAAGCGGCAGAUCUUCGAGCCGGCACUGGGCAUGGAGCGCUGCGACACGCUGACCAUCGGGCUGCAGAUGGGCAGCAACAAGGGCGCCUCGCAGCAGGGCAUGACGGUGUACGGGCUGCCGCGGCAGGUCUACGACCCCAAGUACUGCGGCGGCCCCGAGCUGCUGGGCGAGGAUGGCCUCGACGGCUUCUACAACUCCCAGUAGCUGCCGGCCCGUGGCUGCUUGCACCGCACUGCCCUGCCCCGCG